AUGGGGAUCUGGAGCUUGAUAGUGCUGCUCCCGGGCGCAGCUCCAUCUCGCGGCAGGCGAUGCGCGCGCUCUUCGGCCUUGUUCGCGUUGCUCCGCGAUGAAUGCUCCGCGACAUUGCUGCUGCGACGGCAAGCAAGCCAGCUCGCUCUCUUGUUGAGACCGCGCGGAUGCCGUCGCACACACCCAAGUGGCCGCCCGUCUUGUGUCCUCGUCCCGCGCGGCUGGUUCGCCGUGUGCGCCAAGCGCACCUGUCUGUCAUCUCUCGCCUUGCUCGCAGCUCCCAUGCAUGCAUGCUCUGGCGAGACGAGACCGCGACGCUGCGACCAGUCGAGGCCCGUCGCCCUGCGUCCAAUCGUUGGGGCGAAAUGUUAUCUCGGCGCAUCCAUGAAAGCCAAAUCCGCCGUCGACGGGCUGAGCCGCCGACCAUCCGUGAUUGGACACUGGCGCUGCAGCUGUCCAGCCGGGAUUGCUGCGCGGCGUCCCAAUGCGUCCCAAUGUGUCGCACGGUGA